UCCAGUAUCGAAAUGAAAUAGGAUGUCUAAAAAAGAGGCUUCACAUAGACCCUGACACUAUUGACAUUUGCCAAAAGUGUGCACGCUCAAGUGCAGGCACAGUGUGACAACCAAAAAUGUCUCUGACGUUGUUAGGUGUCCUGUGGGGGAGAAAAUCACUCCUAGUUGAGAACCACCAACCUAGAGCUUGCAAACUUUUGAAUAUAGGACUUUGUCUCAUGGAACCCUUGGAAGCAUCCCAACUCUGUCUGGGAGGUGCAGAACCCAUCCUGGCUCUGACCAGAUGGCGAUGCAGGUGACAGUUUUAUUCCCACAGAUUGAUAACAGUGACGGUAGCUAAUGUGUACUGAGCACCUACUAUGUGCCAGGCUCCAUCCCAACUGCUACACAGGCAAGGAUUCUGGGUCACUCUUUGGGGUCCCCGUUUUCCUCAGGAGCCCGCACCUGACCUCCUUCCCUGCACACCCACAGAAAGAGGAGGUGGGUGUCAAGACAGAGGUGCUCCAAUCCCUGCUUCCCUUGGCGAGCUUGGCUGGGAGGUGGUGCCUCAGCUCCCUCAUCUGGACGUGGGACUGAUGACACCUCCUUUGCAGGCUGUUGGAAUUAGAAACCGUGCACAGGGGAGGUUCUGAAUGCAAGGAGCAUGUACAGUUGUGUUUCCGCUGACUCUUCUCUUCCUAGGCCUUGGUCUGCACCUUAUACUUUCCUUUCUACUGUGGGCUGAUCCCCCCCGAGUUCAGAGGGGAGGUGACAACAACUUACCCUUUGCGGACUGCCCCUCCACCAUCACAGUGUCCCCCUUCCAUGGGACAGUCGACAUCUGCCCCCAGAGCACCUCCCCCAGCCUGCAUGAGCUGAACGCCUUCAACGCCAGCUUCCAAAUCUCCACCAAGAACUUCUUCCUGGGGUUCAUAAGCCUCAUACCCCCCAGCCUCGAGGUAGUGGCCGACAACUGCAGACAAGGCUACCUGGAUGCCCUGAGGUUCCUGGAGAGACGUGGACUCACCAAGGAGCCGGUGCUAUGGACACUGGUGUCUAAGGAACCCCCAGUCCCGGCUGAUGGAAACUGGGAUGCUGGCUGUGACCAAUGCCAGAAGAGGAGCCUGUCUCUCAACUGGAAAGUGCCCAACGUGCAAGUCAAGGACAUACCCAACUUUGAGCAGCUCUCGCCAGAGCUGGAGGCUGCACUGAAGAAAGCAUGUACGAGGGACCCCAGCCCGUGGGCCCGCUUCUGGCGCUCAGGGCCUGGACAGGUGCUGACGUACGUGCUGCUACCCUGCACGCUGCCCUUUGAGUACGUCUACUUCCGCAGCAGAAGGUUGGUGGCGUGGCUGCCCGAUGUGCCAGCGGACUUGUGGUGGAUGCAGGGCCUGCUGAGGAGCGUGGCCCUCGAGGUUUUCUCCAGGACCAAGGCCCAGCUCCUUGGGCUCAUCAGCCCUCCAGCCACUGACGUCCUGGAAACAAGCCCCCUCCAACCCCAGAUAGCUCCUUAUACGGAGGAGCUCAGGCCCACCCAGCAGGCCUGAGGGGACUGAGCUGGGCCAGCCCAGUGAUUGGUGUCCCUUGAUUCCUGCUCUGGCCUUUGUCCUGUGUGCCCACAUCUGCCCCAGCGGGAGGAGGCCCUGCCAAUCUCCGUGGAGACCCUGCAGCUUGGAGCCAGUUCCCUGGGGCGCAGCCUGUCAGCAUGUCCCCGGUCACUGUGUACCCAGGUCACCUGCCCUACCUCUUGCCCCGUCUCAUCAGGGAGACAAAGCAGGACAGCCGCAGAGACACGUCUUAUUUCCAGAAUUUCCACGGGGGCUAGGAGGACAGCAUUGCCGGGGAGAUGGGCUCCUGUUCUGCUGUGGAGCUGCCCACGGAGCACCUCACAGAAGACGGAGAAAGUGCCUGAUGCCCACGUCAGAGACCAGAGGAGCCAAUCGAGAUGAUGGGAUGGGGGUGCUCCCCCCCAGACUCUUUCUCAGUCCUGUAGUGGCCCUUGGGGGUGACCCCCGGGAUCUAUCCCACUCAGGAAACCUUGACUUCUGACUUUCUAUCAGGUCCAGAGGGUGGAAGGCCCUGGCAGGAAGCGGGAGGAGACAGGGGUCCGGGUCGUUUCAGGAUCCUAGCUGUGUGUGCUUCUGUUGGGCCCAGUGGCCCCUGCUGCCCCUACAGCCUCAUUCCUGCAGGUUUGUGACGUAGCUGUGCCUCUACCUCGGGUAGAGAGGAUGCCAGGGACACCAGGCCUCUGGCCUCUCCACGAGUCACUGCUCUCCCCAUUGGCAGAGCGGGACCCAUGCUGUGCCCCUGGCCAGGCCCUAAGGAAAUGCUCAGCAUCUGUGGAGAUGAGGAGGUUGGAUACAUGGAGGCGUGAGUGAGAACAGGAAGCAAUGGAACACACGUGGGAACUAAAGAGAAAAUGACCAGCCUGGGCAGCAUAGUGAGACCCCGUCUCUAAAAAAAAAUAAUACAAACUUAGCUGGGCAUGUUGGUGCAUGCCUAUAGUCCUGCCUACUUGGGAGGCUGAAGUUGGAGGAUCAUUUGAGCCCAGGAGGUCAAGGCUGCAGUGAACCAGGAUCACGCCACUGCACCCCAGCCCAGGCAACAAAGGGAGCCCCUGUCUCUAAAUAAAUAAAUAAAUAAAGAGACAAUGAG